GCUCAGCGCGGGCGAGGCCCUCGGCCAUGCGUGGGUGACGGGCGCGGCCGGCGGGGCCGACGCCUCGAAGCUGCAAGGCCACGGCGACGAGGUCGGCGUCGGGGUGCUGCAGAGUCUCAGGCAGUUCGCUCAGGGGUCCCACCUGCGGCGGGCGGCGCUUACGAUGCUGGCCUACAGCUUGACCUCCCGCGAGCUCGAGCACGUGGAGCAGACAUUCCUGGCCUUCGACAGCGAAGGCCGCGGCACGGUAACCCUCGAGCAGUUGGCCUGCGUCCUACGCGAGCACUGCGGGGACGUGUCAUCGCGGGAGGUCCAGAGGAUAUUCGAGUCCCUCGAUUUCGCUGGGCGCGAGGAGCUGCACUACACCCCCUUCAUCGCGGCGGUGCUCGCGUCGAAGGUGCAGCAACACGAGGACCGGGUCAGGAUUGCAUUCGAG